AUGCAUACGAGAAAGGAAUAUUCAGAACAUCUUAAAACGCACAAGGAAUAUGGUUGCACUUGUACCGAAUGUGGAAAGAAAUUCCGUUCCCUAGGAGGAUUUCUAAUGCAUAAAGAAGUGCAUCAGCCUAAACAUCAUUGUGAAAAUUGUAACAAGUCUUUUACUUAUAAGAGUACACUACGAUCGCACAAGCAACAAUGUCACGAAGUUAGGGCUGGACAGAAGUAUGAAUAUCGUUUUUGCAAUGCGACUAUGCUGUCGUAUGAGGAAUGUUCAAAACAUCUUGAAACGCACAAGAAAUAUAACUGCACUUGGCCCGGAUGUGAAAAGGAAUACCGUUACGAAAGGAAUCUUCGAGAGCAUUACGAAACACAUAAAUCUAAAUUUAAAUGUGAAAAUUGUAGCUAUUUAUUUUCUACUAAGCGUACACUACGAAUGCACAAACAACGAAUCCACGGAGUUGGAGGCUCAAUCGAAGGAAAUCCGCAGUUGGGAGACGCAAGAAACCAUUACAUUGCCGGUCAAAGUUCAUUGGGUCAACAAAAUCACUCGGGUAAUGAGUAA